AUGGCUUCCUCGAGCGUGCCCGCGAACCCGACGCCUCAGACCGUGAUUGGUCUCGUCCAGAAGCUCGGCGACGCUGACCCGGACUUCCGCUUCAUGUCCCUCAACGAUCUGCUCCAGGUCCUCGCAAACGGAAAGCCCGACUUCCUCCACCAUGACUAUAACGUAGCCGCGCGCACAGUCGACAGCAUCAUCAAGACCCUGGACGACCAGAAUGGAGAGGUGCAAAACUUGGCCAUCAAGUGCCUCGGCCCCCUCGUCACAAAAGUACCGACGCCGAUCAUCGCGCCCAUGAUCGAGAAGCUUUCGGCGAUAAAGCUUAAGAACUCCGUCGACAACGCCGUCCCGUCCCUCGCGCUGCGCGCCGUCAUCAUGGCCCUGCCGAAACCCACACCCGGCCUGCCCCCGUCCAAAGAGGUCCAGGAGUCCUACGUCGCCGUGAGCCGGGUGCUGAUCCCGCGUUUGCUGGGUCCCGGAGGCAAGGUCCAGGCGCAGUCUGGCUCUAACAACAUUCAGCUCCCGCCUGUGCCGCCGGGUCUGUUGAAGGUCGACAAGAACCUUAGCGCGGAAUCAGUUGACAUUCUCAUCGAGGUCGUCAGGUGUUUUGGAGUUAUGCUCUCCCCGCUUGAGGUUGAGGCGAUGCAGGACGCGGUCAUCAGCUUGCUGGAGAAUGACAAGACAUCUUCCGUCGUUAAGAAGAGGGCCGUCGUGGCGAUUUCUAUCCUGGCGGUCCACCUGUCGGACGACCUGCUGAACCAGAUGGUCACGCGCAUGGCUAACAACCUAGGCAAGCGUGAUAUCCCCGCGGUUACGCGCCGUCUCUACAUCUCCAUUACCGGCUCUAUGGCGAGGUCGAUCCCCGCACGAUUCGGCACAUAUCUGAGCACCCUUGUGCCUUUCAUCAUGCAAGCUCUUAGCGAAGACGAGCUGGAGCAGCACUUGGAGGAGAUUAGCGACGGAGACGACGUCGGUCUGGACUUUAACGAGGUUCGCGAGUCUGCUUUGGUGGCACUGGAGGCUUUCCUCGCAGCAUGCCCAACAGAAAUGCGCCCCUUUACCGAAGACACUAUCAAGGCGUGUCUCCGAUAUCUCAAGUACGACCCCAAUAACGCUCAGAUGGAUGACGACGAGGACAUGGAGGUCGAUGAGGAGGAGGAAGAGGAAGACGCCGACGAUGAGUUCGAUGACGAUGCCGGCUUUGAUGACGAUGACGACGCGAGCUGGAAGGUCCGUCGUUGCGCCGCAAAGGCUCUGUACACUCUCAUCUCGACCCGCGGAAGCGGCGAUUUGCUCGAAAAUGGCGUCCUUUACAGCCAGGCCGGCCCCACUCUCAUCAAGAGAUUCGACGAGAGAGAAGAGAAUGUUCGUCUGGAAGUCAUCUCCUGUCUGUCCCUCCUCGUUCGCAAGACCGGCGAGGGCAUCUAUCCCACCGAUUUGUCACUCGACGACCAAGAGCAAGAGGCCCCGAGCCUGAUCCCUGUCAGCCGGAAGCGUAGGCGCCAGAGCAGCGGCGGUGGUUCCAUGGCUGCUCAUGUUGCGACUGGUCUCACAUCACCCACUCUCGAGCGAAUUCCUUCGACCGGCCCUCGCGCCGACUUGGCUCGCUUCACCCCUACGAUUGUAAAGGCGUCCACAAAGUUGCUCAAGGGCAAGGUUAUUCCCACUAAGCAGGCCAUCAUUAACCUCCUUGACGACAUAAUUACGGUACAGCGCGGAGGUCUGUCUGACUACUUCAACGAUGCCAUUGGCCCCAUCAUCGAGUCGAUCAAGCCUACUGGAGCCUCUGCUCUCGCUUCCUCCUUGGCCGCUUCUGGUGGUAACGCGUCUGCCACUCCCAGCACACUACGUGUUGCGGCCCUGAAGCUUACCAGUGACAUUGCCAAGACUCACUCUUCAAGUCUACUCCAGCCUUACCUGACCAAGAUCGUUGCUGGUGUGGUGGCGGCCGCCAAUGACCGCUUUUACAAGAUUUCCAGCGAAGCCAUUGGCACGAUUGAAGAGCUGGUCAAGGCUAUUACGCCCCCUCGUUCCAAGAUGACGGCGCAGAAGUUCAAGGGCGAGUUGCAAAAGCUUUUCGACACGAUCAUGGAUCGCAUCACCGCAACUGAUGCCGAUGCCGAGGUCAAGCAACGGGGUAUUCACGCUUUGGGCGUCCUGUUGUCGAGAACGUCUGGCGCUGAUGGUGCUGGCUUGAUUGCUGCCGACAAGCGUCAAGCCGCCCUCGCCGCUCUGCUCGAUCGUCUCAAGAACGAGACCACUCGACUUGCAGCCGUCAGAGCCGUCGAUAACGUCGCCGCCUUUAGCACCAGCAGCGGGCAACUCGAGACGGCUUGGAUUCGCGAGGUGGCUCUGGAGCUCGCCGGCCAACUGCGUAAGGCGAACCGAUCUUUGCGCGGCUCUAGCAUCCAGGCUCUGAAGCACUUGAUCGUGUCUCCCACGUCCAAGGGUCAGCUUGAUGCAAACACCAUCCAGGGCCUGGUCUCGGCACUGGUACCUGUAAUCAGCAAUCACGAUACCCACCUCCUGGCCCCCGCACUGCUUAUUCUCGCAACCCUGGUCGAGGAGAACGCAGGCCUUGUUGUGAACCAAUCCAUGGUCGCAACUAUCUGCACUCUUCUCAAGUCGAGUUACGCAAGCAUCGUUCUGGAUCAAAUUUUGAUCCUCGUCACCAAGGUUGGUGAGAGUGGCUCUGGCCAAGGUCUCAUGCAGGGUAUUCUCAAAGAAGUUAGUAUCGAAGGAGACCCGGUCGUUGUUGGCAAGGUCAUUGGUGCUCUUCUCGUAGCCAGCGGAAGCUCGGCUGGUGUCACGAUCGAUAGCUUCAUUUCCGAGCUUCAGAGCAGCACGCAGAAGAGGGAUGACGCUAGAAUCAGUCUUGCCUUGGCAGUGCUUGGUGAAGCCGGUCUGCGACUAGGACCCAACUCUCCUCUCAAGCCGGAUCUGUUCCUGAAGCAGUUCCAUGAAGAGCCCGACAAGGUCUCCAUCUCCGCCGCGGUAGCUCUUGGCCGUGCUGGUUCGGGCAAUGUGUCCCAGUACCUCCCGGUCAUCUUGGACACCAUGCAGAAGGGUGGCAACACGCAGUACUUGCUGAUUCAAUCGAUCAAGGAGAUCUUGCAGCAAGUCACCGUUCUGUCCGCCGAGGUUUCCAAGUUCGCCGCGCCAAUUUGGCAGCAUCUGCUUUCGGCGUCUACUAUCCCCGACAACCGCGUCGUCUGCGCGGAGUGUGUUGGCCGCUUGACCAUUAUUGAUACCCAGACAUUCAUGCCCCAGCUCCAGUCCCUUCUCAGAGAUCAGAACCCCGACAUCCGUGGCAUGGCCGUGCAGGCUGUUCGAUACACGCUGCCUGACAGUGACGACGCUUUCGAUGCUAUGCUCAAGAACGUCCUCGUUGACAUGCUUCUCGUCAUGCUUCAAGACACGGAGAUGGACAACCGUCGCUUGGCCAUGUCGACGUUGAACUCGGCAGCCCACAACAAGCCCGAUCUCAUUCUGCCCCACUUGGGCGAGCUGAUGCCGUAUGUGUUGUCCGAGUCGGUCAUUAAGCCGCACUUGAUUCGUGAGGUGAUGAUGGGUCCCUUCAAACAUAUGGUGGAUGAUGGCCUGGAAGUCCGCAAGAGUGCCUACGAGACGUUGUACGCUCUCAUGGAGACGGCAUUCUCACGGAUCAACAACAUUGACUUCUACGACCGUGUUGUCGCUGGUCUUAAGGACGACAAUGACAUUCGCAGUCUGUGCAACCUGAUGGUUUCCAAGCUCAUCGUGCUUGACCCCGAUGAGACGGCUCGUCGCCUCGAUACGAUUGCCGAGGCAUACCGGGCGAUCCUGUCGACCAAGUUGAAGGAUGGUGCCGUCAAGCAGGACGUGGAGAAGCAAGAGGAGGCCAACAAGAGCGUCCUGCGUGUGACCCUCCUGCUCGGACACAGGCACAAGAACAACAAGGCGGGUUCAGGCAAUGCUGUGGCCAACGCCAACGCUGGAGGCGGAAGCCAGGUGUGGAAUGCUUACUGGGAGUGGGUGAACAAGGAGUUCCAAGCGUCGCUUAGAAGUAUGCGCGAGGAAAGCAAGGAAGCCCGCGUGUUGUAA